AUUAUUUACAUUUGAAUACCUCUCCUGAAAUAGGAUUGACAAUGAGUGACAUCAACAGUAUAUAAAGCUGCAAGGGAGAUGUUGGUGCACAAAGAUGGGAAGUUUGGGAUUAGUGUUCGGUCACGAGGUCUGCGUUACGUUAUGUUAUCGCGAGAGGAACAUUGACAGGCAAGCAUCGGGGUCGUGAGCGUUACCCGAACCAUUCCCACAGUGUGUCCGACACUGUAUAGGUUGGGUUUUUGCGAAUUAACAUCAAUACUGGAUAUUUCAUUCUUAAAACAAUGAACACUACAUUGGAACCAACGACACACGACUAUGGCAACGUCACAGGUCAUCACAAAAAGUGGCAUAUUGUUGAACAUGAAUCCGCCAUCAUUUUCUUCAUAUUCUGCAGCUGUGCCGUUGGAGUCCUGGUACGGAGAGUCAUCCAGAAUCUCAACCUGCGAAUGCCGUACACAGUGGUACUCCUUGUACUGGGAGUAUUGUUUGGACUGCUGUCCGGCCAGAACAGGAGUAUACACGAGUAUGCCAGUGUGGUCAACAUAGAUCCUCACCUCUUGCUCAACAUAUUUCUUCCUGUACUUAUCUUUGAAUCAGCUUUUGCCAUGGAGGUGCACACUUUUAUGAAAACUUUCGUUCAGGUUCUCCUGUUAGCUAUACCUGGACUAGCACUGGCCUCACUUUUCACCUGUUUCCUGGCGCGUUACCUCUUCACCUAUGACUGGGAUUGGAAUACAGGGAUGAUGUUUGGAGCCAUACUCAGUGCCACAGAUCCUGUAGCCGUGGUUGCUUUGCUCAGGGAUUUAGGAGCAUCUAAAAAGCUGGCUAUGGUGAUUGAAGGAGAAUCCCUCCUGAACGACGGAGCAGCAAUUGUCUUCUUCCAGAUAUUUUUGAAACUUUCAACAUCUGGAGCAGAAAUAGAUGUUUCAAUUGCUGGUGAAAUAAUUUGGGAAUUUGUGCGUGUGGCAGUCGGUGGCCCUUUAUGGGGAUUUCUGAUGGCAAAAAUAACUCUCUUCUGGUUGUCACGUAUAUUCAAUGAUGCCCUUACAGAAAUCACCAUUACGCUGGCCUCAACAUAUAUCACCUACUACAUGGGUGAGGUGUUCCUUGGGGUUUCAGGUGUGCUUUCUGUUGUUGUGCUGGGCGUAGCUAUGAAUGCUCAGCGAACAAUGAUCAGUCCGGAGGUGGAAAAAUUCUUACAUAGGUUUUGGGAGACAAUGGCUUACAUAGCAAAUACACUUAUAUUUAUCAUUGUUGGGAUGGUCAUAUCGGAAACGGCCAUUUUUGAAAUCCAUGGAAAAGACUGGUUCUUCAUGUUUGCUCUGUACUUCGGAAUCUUUGUCAUAAGAGGUAUGGUAAUUGCCAUCUUCAGUCCAAUACUGCGUCACACAGGUUAUGGAAUGUCAUGGCAGGAGGGAAUCAUAAUGACUUGGGGAGGCCUUCGAGGGGCUGUGAGUUUAGCCCUAGCCCUUCAAGUCGCUCACCAUGAUGAAAUAGACCAGGAGAAAGUUGGUAUCCGGGUUCUCAUUCAUGUAUCUGGGAUAGUGUUCCUAACCCUGCUGGUAAAUGCCUCUACUACUGGAGCUCUUCUUCAAAUUCUAGGAAUGAGUGAUAUCUCGCCUGCUAAGAGAAUGGCCAUGGCUAACUCCCUUCGCUACCUACAGGACAUGAGGGACCGCACUCUCAACAUGCUCAAAACAGACAGGUUUCUAGCAGAUGCUGAUUGGGAUACUGUGGAGAAAUCUUGUGAGCUGGAGGACCCCUAUAAAACUACAGAAGAGGAGGCCCUUGUGGAUGAGUCACUUGACAUGAGGGCCAAUGCCGUGUGUCCAGACUGUGACUCCCAACUGCCUGCUACCUACACACGUAAGGAGCUGCGUGACAUGACUAACGAGGCAGUUUUACGCAUGCUCAAAGCUGAAAAGAUGAGUUACUGGCGCCAGUUUGAACAAGGCAUGUUGUCUCGGGAAGCAGUCAGGAAACUCCAGGAUUGUUCAGACAUUGCCGCAGACAAAAAGGGGAAGUCGUUGGAUGUAGAAGAGAUCAAGAAAAGUUGGGAAGUGCCCUCACUCUACAUGAAAUUGAAACAAUCAAUCAAGAAAUUUAUCAUAGAGGACGACACCGUAUGUCCCAAACAGUCGGCCAUGAAGCUACUGUACACUACCUCCAACCACCGAGCUUUUAACAUCACCAUGUACAUUCUCAUCCUACUCGACAUGGUCAACCUUGCCUUUGCCCUCCUAAGCCAAUUCCAUAUCUACUGGACAGACAAGGCUUUCAUCUUCCGUGUCAUCAAUGUCGUCUUCCUCUCAUUCUAUAUCAUUGAAUCCCUUGUUGUGAUCCUUGUGCAGAAAAAGCAGUACUUGAGUAACUGUUGGCACAACUUUUGCCUGUCAAUUAUCUUUAUUGGUACUGUGGACGUUGUACUCAGUUUUGUCCUCCCAUCUGUCUACGGGGAAAGUGACAACCUGAUCAGUAUUGUCCUUACUGUGUUUAUUUGUCUACGCAUUGUCAGGAUCUUCAGACUGCUUGAGCCAACCAUGCCACUGCUUAUGUCUCUGGUAAAGAAUGUCAUCAGCCACCACCUCAGUUACGGGUAUGAUGUGGGCAGGGGCUAUGUGGCUGGUGAGGAGGAGGUUCGCAAACUUGUUGAUCAUAUGGUGGACCAGAAAGAAAUUUCCAAAAACCUAAAGCGGGUCAGCGACAAUGGCAGACUGGAUGUCAUCAGGUGUCUUGGCAUGCUUCAGAAGCAGCACCCUGACAUUGCUCUGUCUAUCAAAACACGACAGGCUGUUCGUAGUGUUCUCAACAACCUUCGAGAUGGAAUACAUGAACUCCUUAGUGAUGGUAUCAUUGAGGAAACAGAGGGAAUCAAACUGGAAAAGUUAGUAGAAGAGAAAAUGAAAAGACUACAGAGUUCACCGCCGAGUCUGCCACUCCCACCUCCAGACAGGAUGCUUAAUAACGUAUUCUGGCUUCGCAACGACCAUAAACUGAUUGUGUACAUCAAGGAAAAGGCUAAACUUCUGACUUACAACUACGAGGACAUCAUAAUAACAGAGGGAGAUCCCCCUGGCGGUAUUUACAUCAUCGUGUCUGGAAUGGUCAGGCUGGAAAAAAUAACAUCCAACAACGAUCAGGCUGUUGUCAAUCGUCCACCACAAUCCAUUGGACAAAACCUGCGUAAGAAAUACACUCACCGUUCCAUGCUUGAGUCCACAUCCCAGCCUGGAAAACCAAUCCUGGACGAUCAUCCUUCAGGUUCACAGCUUCAUAUCAAAUCAAACUUGAUUGACUUUCUGACAGCAGGCAACAUCAUUGGAGAGAUGGGAUUUCUAACAAAGAAACCUCGAUCAGCCACAGUUAUCUGCGAGACUGCUGUUCAGCUGCUGUUUAUCAGCUUGGAGGACAUGGAGUACGCUCUGACCCAUUUCAAUGACAGUGACCCCUCUCUUGAAUAUCGCUUAUGGCAUGUUUGUGCCAAUCGUAUUGCUACGAAUGUGUUGCUGAAACAGAUGUCCUACCAGGGCUGGACUAAGGAGAAAAUUAAACUGCGCCUUGAGAACUCGUAUCUCCUUGAUGCCGAUGACAUUGAUGUGUUUACCGUUGAUUCAUCAAUGUCGGAUGUAGUUCUUGUCAAUGGUUUUGCUCAGAAUGCAUUCACACAGGAACAGAUUGUUGGACCAGCCUACAUCCCAUGGACCGUCCUCAAACUGGAACUACUGCCUGACAAAGGACCGAAGCCUGUGUUACUGAUCGUGCCUACCGAGGUUGGACAGCCGCAUCACACACAGCACAAGUCAAGUCAUGAUGUACGACAUGGACAUGGGGCCUUCAUCUCAUCUAUCUCUCAGCUCUGUCUCAACCAUGCCUCCAAACAUCGCAAAAACGCAGAGUCCAAGUGGAAGCAGGACAUUGCACGCAAACGCUCAAUACAGAAAGUUCAACAAGCAAAAAGUCUUGGAGUACUAUUUAACAAGGGUCGGAUUAACAGUGAUGACAAACAACAUAGUGCCACUUCAAACGGUACCAUCAACAGGGAAUGUUAUCCUCUCGGAGCAAGAGCCUCUACGCCAGGACGAAUACAGACCAGGCCUCUGCGGCGUUUUCGGAGAAACGGAUUGGAAAAUUCUGAGAGCGAAGAUAUAAAUGAAGAACACAUGUAUCCUAUUUGGACACGUAGUGCGGAUAGUGGUCAAGCCACAUGUAAAUCAUGUGGAGCUGAAAUUGAAAACUGCAUUUGUUAUGAACCUGAAAACUUGCAAAGAACAGAUGAACUCUCCAAAAGACGUGUAUCCUACCAUGAACCGUCCUGGAGAUAUAGGAAAACCAAUGAACCAGAUGAUGAAAUUACCUUCAACACCCAGUCCUCAGUCCGCAGGUCAAGCACCAAGCCAUCGGAUAAAUACGAAUCGAAAUGCAUACCAUCUGAACACAUUGAGAGUCAUGGUAUACACUCUGUGUAUCACAGAGAUGACACUCAACCGUCGGAAUCUACCACAAAUUUUUCAACUAAAAAUUCAUUACAAUGUUCAGGAUAUGCGAGAGUCGGAGUAAAUGAAUCAGGCACUCAUUCGCCUGGAACUCCACAUCAAGACGAUUUGAGCAACGACCAUCGCAAUGACAGGGCGACAUUCGUUGGUAAUAGUCGAUUAUCACAUGUCUCAUCCGGCUCAGAAAAGGCAUCACAUCGUGACUCUGAUACUGGCUCAUCAUCAUAUUUGAACAGUGGUAUAUUUGAUAGACGUGACCCGGCUAGUAGAUCUGGAACAGACGAGUCGGGAAUAGCUCCGCUCUGUUUUUCGUCUGAAACACACAGUAUGGAUACUAACUCCUAUGAUACCCACACCUCAGAAGAUAGUAGACUAGCGAGUGUGUCAUCAGGAAAUGGACAGAGCAGCAUGUCAACUGGUACUCGAGAAUCCGACAGCAUAUCCUCCGUCACACGGGAGACACUGUCUUCAAGAACAAUGAGUUCUGAUAGCGCUUCAGUUGAAAUAAGCGGAUCCUAUAGUGGACCGUCGGGGUCUUAUAGUUCCAAGUCCUACUCUGAUUCUCGUUCGACCACUCCGUCAUCACUUUCCAUGACGGCUCCUCAAUCAAGUACAUCCCUAUGUUCCAGAGAAUUGAAUUUGGAGAGUCAAGAGGGAGUAAAUCAGCCUGAUGCAUCAUUACCACCUAUUACUGAUAUCGAACAUAUCACAGAUAAAAAUAAACAAGUGAAAGCGCUUGAGCAUGUUGUCAGUGGCCCUAGUUGUCCUGUUAGUGUGUCUUCUGAAAUUCCCUUUUUAGACAGUCGCAAGUCAGACUUGGAUGAAGACCUAGCGUCUUACAUAUUGGGUAAACGUGAUUUUGCGUUAGAGCGAAAGUCGUCCUCUUUAACAUCCUCUUAUGUUCCUGUGAUGGAAAGAAUUCCAGAGGCUAGUGGAACGGACAGUGUGUCAACUAGCGUAUCAAACACUUCAUUGAAUGACGAUGUCGGAAGCUUGCAGGCCGGCUGUGGCCCAACCCCGAUGGAGAAAAUCCCGGAGAUCAGCGGAACCGAUAGUGUAACCAACACCUCCAUGGAUAGCGACGUAAACAAAUCCAGUAUAACCAUGGAUACCAAGCUAUAGAAAGUAAAUUAAGGAGCAAAACAAACCUUGUUUUAUGGCAUCAUCAGUAAAAUUGUAUUUCAUGCAACUUGUUCCGCUCUGUACAACAUCAGUCUUGAUUUAACUUAAUUGAAGUCAGUUUUGUAAAAAGGAGCGGGAAGUGUAAAUUCUCAGUCUAUCGAUUUUUAUUGUAUAUUAUCUAUCUACCAUUACUUCCAUUUUUAAGUGUCGUUAUCCCUCAAAACUCUUUUUUAUGUUUGGAUGGAUGUUUUUUUUUAUCGUUGUAUACCUUUUUCUGCUAUGAUUUGUGUCAAAGUCACUCUACCAGCAGCUGAGCUGAACGUUCGCCUGUUAUGUUUUUGUCUGUGUCCCUUCAUUGACAAUCUGCACGCCAGUAUGCUGUAUUUAAUAUAUUUGUCACCACAACGACGGAGUGUUUUGUGUUUUUUCUCUGUCAAGCGUCCGUGUACCUGCAUGUUAUGUGUUUGUCUGUCUAUGUUACAUCUAUCUGACCACCGGUUACGUAUUUGUCGUUCUUUGUACCAUCUGUACCACUUCCUGUUUUGUGUUGUCUGUCUUUGUACCAUCUGUACGACUUCCUGUUUUGUGUUUAUCUGUCUAUGUACCAUCUGUACGACUACCUGUUAUGUGUUUGUCUGUCUAUGUACCAUCUGUACGACUACCUUUUAUGUGUUUGUCUGUGUUUGUACCAGCUGUACGACUACCUUUUAUGUGUUUGUCUGUCUAUGUACCAUCUGUAUAACUUCCUGCUAUGUGUUUGUCUUUGUGCGAUCUGUACGACCGUCUGUUAUGUGUUUGUCUUUCUUUGAACAUCUGUUAGACUACCAGUUAUGUGUUUGUCUCUGUGCCAAAUGUACGACUACCUGUUAUGUGUUUGUCUGUCUUUGUACCAGCUGUACGACUGCCUUUUAUGUGUUUGUCUGUCUAUGUACCAGCUGUACGACUGCCUGUUAUGUGUUUGUCUGUCUUUGUACCAUCUGUACGACUACCUGUUAUGUGUUUGUCUGUCUUUGUACCAUCUGUACGACUACCUGCUAUGUGUUUGUCUGUCUCUGUGCCAUCUGUACGACUACCUGCUAUGUGUUUGUCUGUCUUUGUGCCAUCUGUCCGACUACCUUUUAUGUGUUUGUCUGUCUAUGUACCAUUAGUACGGUUACCUGUUAUGUGUUUGUCUGUUUUUGUGCCAUCUGUACGGCUACCUGUUAUGUGUUUGUCUGUCUUUGUACCAUCUGUACGACUACCUGUUAUGUGUUUGUCUGUCUUUGUACCAUCUGUCCGACUACCUGUUUUGUGUUUGUCUGUCUUUGUGCCAUAUGUACGACUACCUGUUAUGUGUUUGUCUCUGUGCCAUCUGUACGACUACAUGCUAUGUGUUUGGAUGUCUCUGUGCCAACUGCACGACUACCUGCUAUGUGUUUGUCUGUCUUUUUGUCAUCUGUCCGACUACCUGUUUUGUGUUUGUCUGUCUAUGUUCCAUCUGUACGGCUACCUGUUAUGUGUUUGUCUGUCUUUGUCCCAUUUGUACGGCUACCUGUUAUGUGUUUGUCUGACUUUAUACCAUCUGUACGACUACCUUUUUUGUGUUUGUCUAUGUACCAUCUGUACGACUACCUGUUUUAUGUUUAUCUGUCUAUGUACCAUCUGUACGGCUAACUUUUAUGUGUUUAUCUGUCUAUGUAUUAUCUGUACGACUACCUGUUAUGUGUUUGUCUGACUUUGUACCAUCUUUACGACUACCUGUUAUGUGUUUAUCUGUCUAUGUAUUAUCUGUACGACUACCUGUUAUGUGUUUGUCUGUCUUUGUACCAUCUGUACGACUUUCUGUUAUGUGUUUGUCUGUCUUUGUACCAUCUUAACGACCGCCUGUGAUGUGUUUGUCUGUCUAUGUACCAUCUGUACGGCUAACUGUUAUGUGUUUAUCUGUCUAUGUACCAUCUGUACGACUACCUGUCUUGUGUUUAUCUGUCUAUGUACCAUCUGUACGGCUAACUUUGUGUUUGUCUGUCUACGUACCAUCUGUAUGGCUACCUGUUAUGUGUUUGUCUGACUUUGUACCAUCUGUACGACUACCUGUUUUGUGUUUGUCUAUGUACCAUCUGUACGACUACCUGUUAUGUGUUUAUCUGUCUAUGUACCAUCUGUACGACUACCUGUUUUGUGUUUGUCUGUCUUUGUACCAUCUGUACGACUACCUGUUACGUGUUUGUCUGACAUUGUACCAUCUGUACGACUACCUGUUUUGUGUUUGUCUGUCUUUGUACCAUCUGUACGGCUACCUGUUUUGUGUUUAUCUGUCUAUGUACCAUCUGUACGACUACCUGUUUUGUGUUUGUCUGUCUUUGUACCAUCUGUACGACUACCUGUUAUGUGUUUGUCUGUCUUUGUACCAUCUGUACGACUACCUGUUUUGUGUCUGUCUGUCUUUGUGCCAUCUGUACGACCGCCUGUUUUGUGUUUGUCGGUCUUUGUGCCAUCUGUACGACCGCAUGUUACUUGUCUGUCUAUCUGCCAUCUAUACGACCAUCGGUUAUAUAUUUGUCGAUCUUUGUACUAUCUUUACCGCCCUUCUACUUUGUGUUGUAAACAUCUUAACGAUACCUGAUAUGUGUUAUGUCUGUCUACCUUUUGUACGACCACUGUUAUGUAUUCUUUACGUAUGUCUGCCUGUAUUGCUCAUUCUUGCCUGGUAUAAACAUAAACUGCAUCGUAUCUACAACCACUUUGUUUACGCUUAGGUGUUGUGUGUCCGGCUAACAUCUGUCCGACCACAUGAUCUAUGCAUGCAUGUUAUAUAUAUAUUCUUGCUUGGUGUUUCCUUUGUUUGUCGUCUGCUUUUCUGUCGAAUCUAUUUCUUCCAUGAGUUUGCUUUCAAUGUCUGUUUACCGUCUUUCAUCAUUACGCCUGUCCCAUUAAUAUCCUGUCCACCAUAUCUAUGCACACCUUUCAUUUAAUAUUUAUUGUGGAUUUCUGACGAUUUACAGUAUGUCCAGGCUUUAUAUAAUUGUGUCCUUUUUCAGUUUAACUCUUCUCGAAUUUUCUGGACUGUUCGUGACUUAACAAAACAAAAAGAACAUAAAAAUUAUACCCGUGUAAGUAAUGUAAGAAUGGAGUACUAAUUAAUGUCGAUAUUGUCUUUUCUAAAAUAGAAGCUAGUUUCUGAAAAUGGGUAUAUUUGUAUUGAUAUCUAUUCUCUAUCCACAUAAAAACUACUAGACCACACAUAAAGAGCCUGACUUAACUUUUCAGUUUAUUUAAUGUAUUUAUUUCCGAUAAACUCGAGCGAUCUUUUUUUU